UUGAAAACCAUUCUUGAUUUGAUUGCGUAGUACUCGACCAUGUGUCAUUACUUUCGAAACGUGUUGUUGAUUCUCGGUGUAAAAUAGUGGAGUUUGUACUAAAUGAUGAUAGUGUGUAAUAAAAAGGAUAUAUUGGUGGUUAAAAAUUGAAGCAUCAAAUCAAAAUUUUUAAUGCUUUUAAACUAACGAAGAAACUUAGAAUGUGCAAGUCUCUUCUUGUAACACGUUUAACUGAACUUAAUCAACAACUUGCAACAAUUGCUAAAUUACAAAAAAUGGAAGAUGAAUAUGACAAAAAUCCAAUCCUAUGUUGUAAGAUUUGUGAUUGUCAACAUCAUAUACUAUCCACUGGAGAAAAUAAGAAAAAAAUACCAUGUAAUAUCAACACUUGCAAAACACGAAAAAGAUGUACUUGCAAUAAGACAAGAAAAUCCUAUAAAAACGAUGAAAAAAUUAAAGAAAUCUCAAAUAAACAAACAUAUGAUGAUGAAGCCAUAAGAAAAGAUGUAUAUAUUACUGAAAAUGGACAGAUCCUUGAUACAAGAUUAGAAAAUGUACAGGAUUUAGAAAACAUAAAUUCUAUAAGAAAGCAAAUUACACAAGAAAAAACGAACAAUGAUAUAUCUGCAAAACGAGAUACGAAUCAUUCUGAAAAACAUGAAUCAGUCUCAAAAAAGAUUGAUAAUCAGAAUACAGAAAAUGAAAAUGAAAUUAUGCGUAAGACAAAUGACACAGUGCAAGACAAGGAUAAAAGUAAAGAAACAGAAAAAAUUAUAACAUUGCCGGAUGAUAAUGAUAAAAGUGUUAAUACAGAAGAAAUUAGGAUAGUGGCAGUUGACAAGGAUUUAUCUAACGAAAAAAAACAGAAGAAAGAUUUGGAGGAGAAAUUGCAAAACGCGAAGCAACAUUCAACAAAGUUGAAAGAAAAUGGAGAACAACCAAUAUCUCACCUAAAAGAUGCUCUACAAAAAGCUGAGGAGCAACUUGCGCAAGCAAAAAAAGAAACUAUUACAGUUACAGCAGAUAGAGACAAAUUAUUAAAAACUAUAUCAACUCUGAAAGAGGAAAUGGAGAAUGCAGUUUGCAAAAAUGUGUCUUUACUUCGCGAAUGCCAGGAUUUAAAAUGUAAAUUGCAGAUAGCUUCUGAAUGUGAAACAAAAACUUGCACAGUUGUUCAAGACGAAGUUAACCUUAUAAAAUCUAUAGUUAAACAAAAAGAAGAGAUUUUACAGGCGGAAAUAAUUGAAUUAAAAGGAUUGAUUGCAGAACUUACAAAUGUUACAAAAAUACAGGAGAGAAGAAUAUGUGAAUUAAGUAUUAUUUGUAAAAAACAGCAAUGCAGUUUACGUGAUAAAAGUAAAACAAUUAUUGAAAAGGAAUCUAAAAUAUUCGAAAUGCAAUCACUACUGAAGUCGUAUAGUUGCAAAUGUACAGGAAUGCAAAAUGAUAUUCAAAAAUUAGAAUCUAGUUUAAAUAAAGAAUCAAAUACAUGUAAUAGUUUAAAAGAGGAGUUAGAACGUUGUAAGGAUGAUUAUAAUUGUAUGUUGAACAUUAAAACAAAAAUUAUAGAAGAACAAGACGAAACGAUAAAAAAGCAGAAACGGUUAUUGAAAGAUAGUGAAAAUAUGGCUGAACAAGCUGCUUCUGAAUUUGAGGAAAUUAGAAACGAACUUGUUCACGAAAAAGAAACAUGUGAAUCUUUAAGAAUUGCAUUGAUUACUGCAGAAGUUCAAUUAAAUCAAGAAUAUAAUGUGGAAUGCAAGAACUGUCAAAACUUAAUGGAAGAAAUAAAUUUGUUAGAUCAACAAAAACAAAAAUCAUUAAUUGCAGCAAAAGAAACCUUACGAAAGCUAUGUGUUUCUGUACGGGAUUACCAAAGGGAAUUGGUCUUUGAAAGACAACAGUGUAAAUUUCUAACAUUAAAACUGAAAGAAAAGCAAGAAGAAGUUGAAUACAUCAAAAAAGAAUUUGCUUACAAAAAAGGACCAAUUGUGCGCAGAACAAGUGACUUUCUAUACUAAUAGAUACAAUCAAAAGGAUAAGAUUAAAAGUAAAUUUUAUGUUUUUUGUUAUUCAAUUUAUUAAAAAGCAAAUUAAUAUAAUCAAUACUAGAAGUAGCUAAAAGUAUGUUAUUACAUUGUUGCAUAUAACUAUUUCCUUUAUUAAUUAUAA